UACGAUGAAGAAGACUCAUACGUAGAGUCAGAUGAAAUUAACAUAAUCCCAUCAUGCACAGAAUAUGAUGGAGAUUUUGAUUCCUUGGAAGAACAGGAAGACAUAGACUCUGACCUAGAUGAUACUGAAAAGACGAUGCGUCUAACUAGACCUUUCAACAUCGGCGCGCCGGUAGGAAGGAGAUGCCCCAAAAACAGAUCUACAGCAAGACAAGACCCAGAAACAACCAUAGGACAGUAUGAGGUGUUGGAGAGCAAAUCAGUCCUCAGACUUAGAGGAGGUGCCAAAAGCACCUCAGGAGACAGUGAAAGUAAUCAGAUGGAAACGGAUUCCCAGAACGCCACCAACAAAAGGAACCUUGAAACUUCACCAAACGAUAGCACUCCAAUUAACCCGAGCAAGCUACGAAAAGAACAAUCAACUGGAAUUCCAAAGGAUGAGAUGGAAAAAGCUUGCUUCUACCAAAGAAAAGCAAGGGAAAUGACUAUGUACUUUGAAAAGUUCAAGACUUCAACCAAAAAGAAGCUGAACGCAUCUAAUAACUCGGAAUUAGACAAAGGAGUAGAACUAAUGAACGAUCUAGUUACUGAACUAUGCUUAGAGAAUAUUCAGUAUAUAGGCAGAUAUACAGAAUUAAAAAGAAUGUAUGAUGAACUAGAGGACAGCAGAAAGAAGGUGGGAUUCGUAUCACCCCUCCCACCAUCAACUGCCAGGAGGAACAUAGCAGAAGACAUUCUGACCACGGACACGGAAAUGGAGACAACCAAAAAGAAAAGAAAGUCGAAGAAGAAGAAAAAGAAAAACACAGUAGCCACAGAUAAAGAAGGUUCAACAUCAGCAGCAAGACCCCAGGCCCACACUACGGAUACAGAUGCCCCAAACUCGGGCGCAGAAACAUCUAGGUCUAUGGUGAGAACAUCCAGUAGCAGGGGCAAGAAGGAAAGAGAAAAAGAAAUACUUAAUAAAUGCAGAGAACAGACUGUCCCAGUCAAAUUUAUAGUCAACACAGGAGACAAAACAACGGAAGAGACAAAGAAGUUACUGUGGACACAAGUUGUCUCGAAAAACAAAGCUUCAAAAAUAAAGGACUCUGUAGUACUUAGCGGAGGAGAUCUCAUGAUCACACCAGCAGAUGACACAACUAGGGAGGUAAUGGAAUCACUGGCUAAAGAAGGAUUCGGAAUACAAAAAACAGGUGCAUUUCUCCCAAAGAUAAUAAUCUAUGAUGUUGAGAAGGACGUAAGACCAGAUGAAUUGGCAAGAACAAUUAUUGAACAAAACCCAGAACUUGGAAUUGACCUGUCAGACAAGGACAAAAUACAACCUAAGUUCAAAAGGGGCCCAAGGGACAAGGAGAUUGUUCACUGGGUCUGCGAGGUCAGACCAGAAAUAUUUAAAAAAGUUAUAGACAGAAGCGUUUACAUUGGAUACUCGGCAUGCAGGGUAAAGGAAUUCUUGGACGUUUCGAUAUGUUAUAGAUGUCAGAAGUAUGGACACAUUGCGGCCAAGUGCAGGGCUACCGAGAUGGUGUGUUCAUACUGCGCCGAAACGGGACAUAAAGUAGAGGAGUGCAAGAACAAGUAUAAACCACCUAAGUGUGCCAAUUGCGGAGAGGCAUACACAUCUCACCACAAGGCAUGCUCUAUGAAGGUUACGAAGAUCAGAACCAAUGUCCGUAAUAAAGAUUAUGGUCAGCAGCUGGACGAAAACAGCUUCGAGGACGCGUUUAUACUAACUUGA